AUGACCACUAUUUCUGUGGUCAUUGAUGUGCUGGAGACACACAAAGUUUACAGGCAGAAACUGGAGGAAGUCACCACCUUGCAGACAGCUUGCAGCACCUCCAUACAGCGGCAGAAGAAGACACUGAGGGAUCUGAAGCACAGCCUGCAGAGGUGCAAGGCCAAAGCCAGUCCUGAGGAGUUUGCUCUCAUUCAGGAGAUCAGCACCCAGAUCAAGGAGAGGCAAAAUGCCUUCUUUGACAUGGAAGCCUACUUGCCAAAGAAGAAUGGCCUGUACUUAAAUCUGGUGCUGGGAAACGUGAAUGUAACUCUGCUGAGUAACCAAGCAAAGUUUGCAUACAAGGAUGAGUAUGAGAAGUUCAAACUUUAUCUGACGAUAAUCUUGUUACUUGGGGCUGUUGCCUGCAGGUUUAUUCUCCACUACAGGGUGACAGAUGAAGUGUUUAAUUUUCUGUUAGUGUGGUAUUACUGCACGCUGACGAUACGGGAAAGCAUCCUCAUCAGCAACGGGUCAAGGAUCAAAGGCUGGUGGGUGUCUCAUCACUAUGUCUCCACAUUCCUGUCUGGAGUCAUGUUAACAUGGCCAGAUGGUCUCAUGUAUCAAAUGUUUCGCAGCCAAUUUUUAGCAUUUUCAAUAUUUCAGAGUUGUGUUCAGUUCCUACAGUAUUAUUACCAAAGGGGCUGCCUUUAUAGACUCCGUGCUUUGGGGGAGAGAAACCACUUGGACCUUACAGUAGAAGGAUUUCAGUCCUGGAUGUGGCGGGGGCUGACCUUUCUCCUUCCCUUCUUGUUCUUUGGGCAUUUCUGGCAGCUGUAUAAUGCAAUCACGCUUUUUGGAUUGUCGAGGCAUAAGGAGUGCAAAGAAUGGCAGGUUUUUGUGUUGGCCUUCACAUUUCUGCUGCUCUUCCUUGGGAACUUCCUCACUACUCUCAAAGUGGUGCACACUAAACUCCAGAAGAAAAAGACAAACUGA